ACACUGAUCUGAGAUGGUCUGAGACCAUUUUAUCCCACUUUGGGUGUCUACUUUCCCUUUAGGUUCCACUUUGGACUUUGAACCACUGUAUUUUCUUUCCAAAAUCCCUUUUCCGAUGGAAAUACUCUGUUGUUAAAAAGGGAGAGAUAAUCUUUCUAAAACUGAAAAGAUGACACUUGCAGACUUUAUCCUGAUGCUCAUCAUCUUUGGUGUCUCUCCCUCAGCUGCUGCAGAAUUCAGUUCAAUAGCUGAAAAUGAAGAUGCCCUCCUCCGACAUUUAUUCCAAAGUUAUCAGAAAUGGGUUCGCCCUGUAUUAAAUUCUAAUGACACUAUAAAAGUAUACUUUGGAUUGAAAAUAUCUCAGCUUGUAGAUGUGGAUGAAAAGAACCAGCUGAUGACAACAAAUGUGUGGCUCAAACAGGAAUGGACAGAUGACAAAUUACGCUGGAAUCCUGAUGAAUACGGUGGAAUCCAUUCAAUUAAAGUUCCAUCAGAAUCUCUCUGGCUUCCUGACAUAGUUCUCUUUGAAAAUGCUGAUGGACGUUUCGAAGGCUCCCUCAUGACCAAAGUCAUAGUGAAAUCUAACGGAACCGUCAUUUGGACCCCUCCUGCCAGUUAUAAAAGUUCAUGCACCAUGGACGUCACAUUUUUCCCAUUUGACCGGCAGAACUGCUCCAUGAAGUUCGGGUCCUGGACGUACGAUGGUACCAUGGUUGACCUCGUUUUGAUAAAUGAAAAUGUUGACAGAAAAGACUUCUUUGAUAAUGGAGAAUGGGAAAUACUAAAUGCAAAAGGGAUGAAGGGAAACAGAAGAGAUGGUUUAUACUCAUAUCCAUUCAUCACUUAUUCCUUUGUCCUGCGUCGCCUGCCUCUGUUCUACACCCUCUUCCUGAUAAUCCCCUGCCUGGGACUCUCUUUUCUAACUGUUCUCGUGUUCUAUUUACCUUCUGACGAAGGAGAAAAACUUUCCUUAUCAACAUCUGUUUUGGUUUCCCUGACAGUUUUUCUUUUAGUAAUUGAGGAAAUAAUUCCAUCUUCUUCAAAGGUCAUUCCUCUCAUUGGGGAGUACCUAUUGUUUAUUAUGAUUUUCGUUACCCUGUCGAUUAUUGUUACUGUCUUUGUCAUUAAUGUUCACCAUAGAUCUUCUUCAACUUACCAUCCCAUGGCCCCUUGGGUUAAGAGGCUAUUUCUGCAAAAACUUCCUAAAUUACUUUGCAUGAAGGACCACGUGGAUCGUUACUCUUUCCCAGAUGAAGAGGAGAGUAAACCAGUAAUGAAAAGCAAAGUCCUAGAAAAAAAGAAACAAAAACACGUUAGUGAUGGAGAAAAAGUCCUGGUGGCUUUCUUGGAAAAGGCCGCUGAUUCCAUCAGAUACAUCUCAAGGCAUGUGAAGAAAGAGCAUUUUAUUACCCAGGUAGUACAAGACUGGAAAUUUGUAGCUCAGGUUCUCGACCGCAUCUUCCUGUGGCUUUUUCUGAUAGUGUCAGUUACAGGCUCGGUUCUGAUUUUCACCCCUGCUUUGAAGAUGUGGCUACACAGUUACCACUAGGAACAAGUCUCCAGAGCAAUGUAAAAUACAUACCAUGAUAUCAAAUGACACUUUAGAACUGACAUCUUGCUAGCAUGUACAUACAGCAUGUGUUUAUUGGAAGGGCCUGUCAUCCUCAUAGAAACUGAACUUUGGUGAAAGAGGGUUUGCCCACAGUAAAUUCGUGGUUGCUAUUAGAGUGAGUUGGGUUUAACUAAAGCAGAACCUCCGCACUCCCCUGCCUAGGCUUCCGCAGACAUUCAGGGAGCAGUCAUAUGUCCAGGCCUGAGGUCACAAGCCAAGACGCACAAAGACUGUUGCUGAUUGGUGGACUAAUACCCCCAGGAAGCUGGACUAUGGAGGCCCACCAAGAAUUCAAGGAAGUCUCAUGUGUAGCCAUUCAUGUGGGCAGGACCUGGGUCUCCUGUAUCUACUGGUGUCCUUGAUGGUUUUGCCUGAGUUGCAUACUGGGGCUAUGUGUUGUGCUCCUCUUGCAGCGUGGAUGAACAAAUCUCAACAACCGUUUAGGAAUUUCACUGGUAUGAAAGCACCUGGCACAGCAUAAUUGUCAUUAUGAAGACUCCAAGACGCCACUGGCCAACUAAAGUUCCCCUCAAACAUGGCAUUCAUUAGAAAUGGUCUCACCUGAAGGUGGUAAACCUCUAAGUCACGUGUUAUUCAUCACGUUGCAAAGGUUUUCAGAUGGUGAAACUAGAACCUACUGUGAGUUGCAAGCUUCUUUAAGGUCAUAGCAAAAUAACUUACAGUAGAAACAAUGUCAUCUGCUACUAGAAGUGCAGUCAUUGAUACCCGUUGUCUUUUCCUUGAAGUACCUGUACUGAACAGUCUCUUUAUAAAUGGUUUUUUUAAGCCAACUUUCCAGUGCUGUUUUGAAUUUAGUUUCAUGUUACAUUUCUUCUGAAAUAUCAAUAGGAUUCAGAAGAGAAAAAAAGAAAGAAACACAUCAGCCAGCCAUUUUAUACUAGAAAUCUUUUUAAAAUCCUAGUCCCUAUUCAUGGUAACUACAACACUGAAGACCAACGCUGGCGCCAUACCAUGAGAAGAGUGUGAAUCUGUUUUAAGGACUCCGAAUAAUUUUGACUUUGAAGACUGGUGGAUGCUGGACAUGGAUGGGAACUGAAAAGAUGAUUCUGUUAGGAAUAGAAUUGCUCUUUAUUGGCAACAAAGGAGCAGGGGCCUGUCUUGAAGUUAAUGAUGCCCAUGUUGUUAGACUUGGCAGGAGGACCAUGUCCACGCUAGUGGGGUUCUUCACACCUGGCUGUUUAUAGUCUCCUGGACAUUUAUCAUAUUCUCUGACAGCUUUUCCUGCUUCCAGUCAGAUAUACCAUCUUGUUCUUACCAACUAGCCCUUCUCCUUUUCAUACCUAAUUUCUUCUUCUGUUGUGCCCUUGAUCACUCCUUCCUGAAGUUGUUCCUUUAAUUACCCUCCCUGUCGUGUAUGGCUCUCUUUCAUAGGCCUACAAAGUUCCUAGAUCUGCUCUAUUCUUAGAACAAAAAGAACAGCAGUGAAUGAAAGUAAUAGAAUGUUUUCAAAUAGCCUGGACUGCUUUUUUAGACAGAUUCAUGCCAUUAAAAUCACCCUAAAUAGCAAUUCUAAAUUACAAAACAGAAAUCAUGUUUAUAUAUUUUAAAUGUUUAGGUAAUAUUUAAUAUGGUCGAUGUAUUUGCUUUUAAUAGAUACCAAAUUUUGUACCACAGUACUGUAUUUUUUGUGUGUUAUGUACACACAUUAUAAAAUAUUGGGGAUCCUUGUAUGAUCCACAUAUCCAUUACUUUUCUGCACAUUUCACUGGAUUUUUAAAAGGGAGACAAUAUGGAAAGUGGGAGCCAGAGCACUGGGACUCUUGCAUUCUAGACCAGCCAUUACCUAAGUGUGAGCUGUGGGGCUUUAGGCGAGUCCUUUGUCCUCUCUUGUCAGUAAUAAGAGGUUAUGACUCAUGACCUUUGAAGCUCUCUCUUGCUCUAAAAUUCUAUGCUUUGGAGAUUUAUACUGGAGCUUUCACAAUUUUUAAACCACACAACUUUUAAUUAUAACUUUGUUCCUUUGGGAAAAUGUAGUCUGCUUUAUCACUACGUUAGGACAGGAUUUGCAGGAAAACAUUGUGAUGCAAUCAAGGAUUCAAUGCUGUAAAUCCCUGAUGGGAUGGUGAAAUCAAAGGGCAAAUCACUGGCCUUUUUAGUGCUAACAUUACUGACUUUUACGCAUUACUUAACUUGAUCUAACUCUUUAGUUUGCUAGGUAAAUGACAAUACUAAUCGUAGAAAAAUGCAUUUCAAUUGGAAUUCACUUUUAAAUUUUGGAAAAUGAAACACUUUCUAUAGCAAGCCUCUUUCUGAUCGGGCACAAAUACAGAAAAGGUCAAACAUUUAUAUGUGUACAUGAAGCUUAAGCCUCCUUGCAACUAAGUUGGGAGACGAUAACAGUUUCAAAUAUGGAAAAGGAUAAAUAUUUAUAUAUCACAAUAAUCCUAAUGAAGUAACUAUAAAAGAUAACUCCAAAGCAAAUAAAUUUUAAUUUCAAAUGUAUAGCAAGAAAAAUCUUCUGUGGGCAAAACUUGCCAGCUAAUUCCAACAAGUGGAUGUUGCAAGACACGUACAACUCUCCAUCACAUGUGUGAGCAUGUGGGACACACACAUGCAUGAAUAAACACACGGGAACAGACACACACAUGCAUGGACACACACACACAGGAACAGGUACAUACACGCAGGCACACAUACAUGUGCAGGCACACAGAGAGCUGUCCUAAAUUCUUCUCAUCCUUCAGAUCUCUGCUUACACCCCACCUCCUCAUGAAGCCCUCACAGAACACACAGUCCCCACUGAGCUCCCUGUUUCUGAAAGCCUGUGGUGUUUUCAGUCUCUGCUAUAGAGUUUAGAAUGUAAUUGCUCUCUAUUAUUUUACCAAGUGAAUUUUAUUUCCUUAGCUAUAUCAUAGCAUAUCCUUCAUUAUACACCCAACAGAAUCUAAUAGAACUGUGUACGUGGUCAAGGUUUAAUUAAUAUUUGCUGAUUAAUUAAACCAGGACCAGAAAGUUUGAAUUGGGCUAUUUGUCUAAAAUGAAGACAAAUUUGUACUCUUGCUCAGCCCCUCUUAACCAGCUGUGUGUGUGUGUGUGUUUUCAGUAUGUAUCUUAAAGAAACAUUUUCUUACAUUAACAUUUUUCUAAAAUAUUAUUAUUGUACUUAGAAAAAUUAAUAAUUCCAUAUUCAAGUUUCCCUAUCUCAAGUAUAGCCUAAAUUUAUUGUCUAAAAUAGGAUUCAGCCCAUAGUGUUAUGCCACUUAAAUCUAUUUUAAUUUCUUUCUUAUCACUGUUUGUUGAAAAGACUAAAUCAGUUUUCCCCAAGAAUGUCUCAUGUAUUGGAUUUAUCUGGUUGCUUGCUUCUGGUGUCAUUUAACUUGUUCCUCUGUCUCUUGUAUUUCCUGUAAAUUGGAAGUUACAACCAUAAUUGUAGUUCAAUAUCUUUCACAAAGUACAUCAUAGAUGAUGAUGCAUAGUUUGUAUUAUACUUUAUAAGGAGACAUAUACUUUUUGGCUAUCUCAUAAUUAGUGUUAAGACUAACUCCUAGGUUAAAAUGAUGACAGCUUUAUCUCUUCACCUAUCCAGUGGUAAAUUUAGUGGUAUAACCUGUGGCCAUAACACACAGCAGUUAUAAAGACUCCUACCUAUGACCUUGGCUCCUUUAAAGAUGGUCUGUAAACAGCUACAUUAGAACACUGUAAUUUCCAAAGAGUAAUAUUUUUGUGCUGGGAUGGACUUUUUGGUUGUGUCAUAAUUCUUUCUUGGAAGCACCUAUUAUUAUGUAUUAAAGUGAAUUUGUUUAAUAACAGCUAUAGUAACUACCAUUUAUGUUUAACCUGAUACAGAUUCUUUCUGUGUAUUAAGACUUGCUGUUCAGUAUGUCAAUAAAAUAAUAGUGAAAAUAAUAGUAGUAUGAUUUCUUUGGUUCAUGGACCUUCUUAGGUUUGGGAAAAC